GCCCUUAGACAACAUGGCUGCCGCUCCCCUGUUGUUUCCAAUGGCAGUGAAGCCAGUUUGCCCUUAGCCGGGAUGGCUGCGCCCUGUGAGCGCUGGUAUGCUGCCGCUCGGCGGUGGCGGAAAGGGGAGCGGGGCCGGGGUGGCGCCGGGAGUCCGAGUGAGGAGCCGGGGAUGGGGAGGUGAAGCUGUGCUUGUCCGCAGGCGGCGGAGCGCGAAGGCUCCCUGCGGCGCUGGGGCUAAACAGUUGGCCGCGAAAUGGCGGGCUGCAGCGUGGCCGGGGGCGGCCUGCCGCGGCGGUGGCGCCGGGACCGGGACGGAGACGGCGCCUUCUCCUUCAGGGCCGCCCGGUUCCCCCUGGUCUGUGUAGUCCAGCUUGCUUGGGGUUGUCCCAGCAAGUGCUCGCCUGGGACAUAGUCCUGCAGGGGAAUUUGGUCCUUUUGUUUUUCUGGAUUUUUUUUUCUUGUUGUUUUUAUUUUCACGUAUUGCGUACGAGAGAGAGAGAGAGACAGACAGACAGACAGACAGAUGCGUGAGGGGAUCACGGUGCAGCCUUGGCUGCAGCAGUACUUUGUCCUUCCUUCUCUCCCCUCUUCCUCAUUUUAGGGACUUUUUUUGACAGUUUUAUGGGUUCACCCUGGAGCUAACGAAACCAGGUGAUAAUGAGGCUGAUAAAGAUGCAACCAUAAACAGCAUCUGGUUUCCUUGUGAAAACAAACAUACAGAUUGAAUAAUAACCCCCUGAAGUGACUUCUCUUCAAAACUCACAUUUUCUGCCUGGGCUUCCCGUGCAAUGCUUUGUCAGAAGGACUUUUCAGAGUUUCUCAGUACUUGCUUUACCACAUAAACGAAGGUCACAGUCGUCGCUGCUGUAAUGUCCUGGGUAAAAGUUGCCGUCAGCCAAUCCAGUGAGGACAUAUUUGAUGAAGAUGCAGAUGAGAUAUAUAUAGCACAGAAAGAAUGGAAUAGCACCAUGAAGAAAAGAUCGAAGGAAGGCUAUAGGGAUGGCAUUGAGGCUGGGAAAGAGCUUGCACUCCAGGAAGGCUUCAAUCAGGGUUACAGACAAGGUGCUGAGCUGAUGGUGACAUGUGGCCAGUUCAGAGGGACCCUAAAUGCUCUCUUAUCGUGGUGUCACCUUAAUGGACAUGAUUCUUCUUUGAGUAAGAUAAAUCAUCUUCUAGAUGUGGUUGGAAAGCAUGAAGAAGAUGUUCUUAAGUACCUGAAUUCUCUCCAGGAACAGCCACAUCUUGGAGACAUUUUAGAUUUUGUUCAAGACAUGGACCUUAGUGAUACAGCUCCAGCUGGGACAGACUGUGAUGCAACUAAAGCUGGAAAAUAUGAACAUACUGGCAGCUCUGGCAAAACUUGUUGUAGAAAUAAGGGUAAGGAUGAUUCCUUGCAGUCUGAGCGUAGCAAGGCAAAAUUCGGCACAAAUCCUGAAAGGCUUGAAACCCUUGCUUGGGUUAAGGAGCAAACCAUGUGGUUAAUAGAGCAACUGGGCCUAUCACUGGACAUGCUACAUCACAUCCAGCAGCUAGGACACUAGUUUCUCUGUCUCGUGAUAUUUAAAACUAUCUGAACUGGAUUGGAUUGGAGUGUUUGUGGAUCAGGUACAGGCUUGUGGUUCACUUCCUUUCAGGGAAGUCUGAUUCUGAUACUUCCUAAUAGAGGCCAUUCCCGUAAACCUUUACCAUGCUUCAGCUCCUGUCCAAAAAAACCUUUGCUUUCAAUUUUAAACAAUGAUUUUCAUUGAAGGGUGAGAUGACUUUAAAAGCUCUACAGAGAUUUACUGAACUUGUUUCUGUCCAGUGUGAGAAUCUGAUAUUUUACCCUCACUUUCUCUAUUGUUCUCCUUUUGGAAGCAGAGCAGGUCCCUUAAAUGGUUUCUUCUAAUGUAAAAAAAAAAUCAAAACUGAUUAUAUGCAGAGAAUGCCCACUGCUGUGGAUGAGCUAUACUUGCAGAAUAAGUUGCUCUUGAUGAUACGCUAGCUCCAUUCAAAACAGAACAGGAUGUCCUGAGGUGUAGAGUGCUGUGACUCUCCCUGGUAACUACAUAAAGUGAAAAAUUCCUGCAGUUUUUAAUGUCAAAUUCCUUCUCCUGUCCUUUGCAACCACUAUGCAGGAAACUUUCACAGCCUUUAGUUAAUAAAAAAAUAUAUAUAUUCUUUCUAGUGUUCUGUUUACACACCAUUUUUUGCAAUUUACAAUAUUACUGACCAUACACUUUUCUAGUCUAAUGAAUGUUAUUUUUAUAUUUGUUUUGCCAGUCCUUCUAGUCUGAGCUCUCUCCCCUGCUCAUUCCCAUAGUGUUCCCCCCCUGCCCACCUCCUUUUAGGAAGCAGGGCUUCCUGCCUUUGCAUUUUCUUAAAAGUAUGCUGUCAGCCCUGCAGCCAUAUUUCUGACAACUUCAUAUUUCUAUGCCAGCAUCCUGUAUUUGACUUCUUUUCCUGUUGCUUACCUUAACUUUGACUGCAAAUUCCUCUGGUUAGGAAACCUUUUCUUUGUAAAUGCCCAUCUCUAUUUUGCAGUAAACUGUUUUAUGUAAGUGUGGAGUUUACUAUAAGUUGCUCAUAACCAUCCUUCCUGUCUGACACAAGGUGGGUCUAGGCUGAGACAAACUAAAAUUUUUAACAGUUGGCUUGUGACUAAAAAAAAAAAAAAAAAAAAAUCACUGCACAAUUUUAUACUUUGAAGCUAAAAAGGCCAACGUAAAAAUUAUUUGAUUUUCCAGAGAAUGAGCCUGUAACUUUCUCACUAAAGACUGCUAUUCUGCUAUUAAGGGGCUAGAGUGCAAGUUGGCUGCCAUUCAGUGUUUUUGCAUUCGGGGAAAACAGAACCAAGCCGUUAGAAUGUCUCAUACUGAACUUGUUUUGGUUACAGUGGAACUGAAUCAGACUGCAUUAAUUACAUAUGUACAAAAUUGUCCAGACAGCUUUCUUUUCCUCCAUUUAUUUAAUGUAAUGCUGACAUUGAGAAAGAUUACUUUUCUGCUGUGUACAUUAUAGUCUAUACAUACAUCAGACAGGUUUUUUUUUCCAUAAGGUGGAAUAUAACGUAGACAAAAAUAAAGAGUUCCUAGAGCAUUGUUAGACUUUCCAAAUUUGGAAACUUAAAAUGAAAAUUCAAGAAUAUUACCUCUAGGUAUUUAAUAAUAUGCAAAGAGGAAACACCACUCAAAGAAAAUUAAGUAGACAACAAGCUUGCCAGGUUCUCUUCAACUUCUUUUGCAAAAGCAAUCUGCUCUUGAAAAAGUAUUCCUUUUUUGUUUGAUUAUCAAACAAUAGGUUGAGUUUGUUUCACUCAGCAUCUGUCAUAACAGCUUCUGUACGAGCUGUGCAAUCACUUUCUUCUACUGCAUUGCAUGAAGUUUGUGUGUUCAUUCUAGAGGUGCUCUUGUCUGUGCCAUCACCCAGAGUUUCCAGAUCAGCUGUGGAAAGACUUUCUUCUGUGCUGUCUUGAGCACUUUGCUUAUCUCUCACCACUAGAUCUUGCUGACCAGCCACAGAAGGACUCGCCUCAAGGCUGUUAGGAUGUGUAAUUGGCUCACCUAGCAAUGCAGGUUUCUGUUCUGUGUCUCCUUCCAUGUCUUUUGUUUCACUACCAACUUCCACCUUGGCAGCAUUCCUGAAAAUAGCUCUCAUGACAAUGGGGACUGACAUACAACUAGAGGAGGAAAUGAAACAUUAGUCACUACUACAGACAUCACCCCUUAGUUCAGAUUAGUACUACUUUUUUUAAACCGCAGCUGACAUCCGACCUACUUCCAUUGUUUGUGACAAACAGCACCACCUUUUUUCCUGAUUCUUUUUGUCUCAUGUAACAUUAUAGGCACUACAUUGUAACUAUAAUAUAACUGUGUGUUUAUACUGGAAACUAUGUUAACAUAAUGGAUGCAAGUGCUGGAUUUUCAAGCUGACCAGCACAAACAAAUUUUGAUACAAAGAGGUGGAAGGUCAAAAAAGUCACAAGGAUGCUUUUAAUGAAAAAUUAAAUUAAUAAUAUUGAACAUAA